CACGACCAACAUGAAGCGAAUAUUCAUUUUAACCCUCAUUAUUUUUGUUUCACUGCUCUCUCGCAUAUCUGGGAAGCCGGCUUUAAACGAGGAAAACAGAAACUUGUGCGAGGAUGACCCUGACAAAGCCGAGUGCAUCCGAGAGGUUGAGGAAGCUAAGGCUAACCCGGGAAUUAACGACGUUCAACAAGAAGGUGGGUCUGCCGACAAACAAGAUGGAUCCAAAUCAGACGAAGAGAAAGUCGACUCGAUGGCAGAACAUCUAGCGAUGCUGGAUAAAGUUCGCAAGGAGUCCGAAGAGAACAGAAAGUUUUGGAAAGAAGAACUGCGAUCCAUGAACAAAUGGGAAAAGUAUGGCUUCGGCUAAAUAAGUCAUCAAACAAAUGAAGCACUAGAAGCCUAGAAGGAAACAGGACUCAUUUAUUUUGUUUUGAAACAAAGUUUGACCUGAUAUUUAGUUUACCUCAAACAUCUUAAUAAACUAAAUUUUAAACAAAGUAUAGAGAAAAGUUGUCGGUAAAAAAAAAAAAUCGUAAAAGAAAACUUGUGAGCCUUAAACAUCACAGAAUUCAUAACAGGCUUCUGACGGUUUCCGAAAAAGACGAAUAAUCAAUAUCAGUAACCGACGCAAUGCUAAAAGCACACGACAAAUGUACUUAGAUCUUAAGUGGAAUCCCGAUUUCUCGAAAAAUCGGGAUUCCACUGUAUGUCCAAAUUUAAGUAUAAUCACCCAAGUAACUCCCUUAAAUGCACAAAAUACGUAUCAAGUCCAUGCUAUCUGCCAUCGUCUACUCACCUUCACUCACCUAACGAUCCUCGUACCUGGGCCAUGGCAUGAGGAUGCCAAUUGCCAUGCGCGUGAAAAAUGCACCUAACACGUUGCAAGUCACGCGUUUUGGUUUUUUUACGCUUUUCCGAGUUUUUCAUUCAAACAGAAACUAAUCUUCAUCUUAAGAUUUUUCAUGCUGAAAUUAGUAAAUAUUUUUUCAAAGAAAUGUAUGCCCGCAUAUCGCAUGGGGUACCUGGCAUACACUUCUUUAUCAAAUUUGGCAAUUUCGUGGUCUCAUAUUUCCAUGAGAUUGCUAUGGAUUCUUAUGGAACUUCGCAUAAUUACUUAGUUGAUCUAUGGAAGUGUUUCUUUUUACACUUUUUUGUUUGUAUGAAAAUAUGAAAAUGUGUUUACAUUGCGUGACAAAGUGAGCAUGUCAACGUCAAAUUUGUUGGGCGAUUAGGACAUGUAGCUCCACUCUAAGUGUGGAACCAAUGGUGGAGCGCAACACAUCAAAUGCAAAAGAGAAGAAACCCAGCUAAUAUUGUAAUGAACCUCGAUCCUGGUUGGACGGCUAGUUUGGCUCGUCACGCAAUCUUUUCUAGGAGAAUAUAACGUGACGAACUAUUAAAGAACGUCGCACAAGACUAAUUACACAAGGGUGAUGUACAGUUUAUACGAUGCCUGAGCCAUGAUUAUACUUAUGGAAAACAACCAUUGCCUUAAAAAUUUCAAAAGUACAACCCGCCUCCAACUCAGCCGUAUUUGCGUGGUCACGCAACGUUCACCAGUCGCUCCUUACUCGCACAUUUACGAAAUAAUUGUUUUAAUGUAACAGUCUUACAGAUGCAACGCUGGGUUGAAACUAUUCGAAGUUAUCACCGUUAACUGGCCAUAAAACGUAAAAUAAGAGCGCUCUAUAAAUCAUUUGUUUUCAAGGUUAUUCAGUGUGUAUUCGUGUCAUCCCUCUUUGGUGACCAACGGAUGCACCUGGGUGAGAUACAAGCUAGCCUAUAAACACCAUGUUCCAAUCUAAGUCUCAGCUUUUGAUCAGCUGGAGAGAACGCAGAAUGUGAUCAGGCGUUCUUUAAAAAGCCGAACGUCUGAUCGGUCAAGUCGCGCUGUUUUGUUUCCUCUUCGCUUGCUGCCAUUCCUUCCUGCACUCUCUGUACGCCUUAAAAUAGUCUUCGCACUUGCUGUUGUCGUAGCCAUUGUCAGCCAUGCACUUGUGUGAUGCUUCCAUAGUCUCUUUGCAUGUGAAUCCAUCGAAAAAUUUGUGAGCGUUUGGAUUCAUGCCCGCAGUGUAGCCUUUGAACCUUGGGCCACUCAUCUUGGACGAUUUGAAACACCUCUGGAUUCUGUAAAAAGGCAACUUUUGAUCAUGAAAAUGACUUUACUUCCAUUCAGAAACGAUUCAAGUCUUAGAGAGUUUUUAAAACAUUAAUAGCAAGCUUAAAUCCACGUUACUUUUCAAUUAUAAACUCCAGGGAUAAGCCCACAUCGAGCGAUUGAUAACUUUCGAGAUUGCGUGACAAUAACCAUUACAAGGUGUGACUCUAGUCAGCGGCUAGCUUGCAAGCUAAUAAGCUCAGCGCAGGUUUGUUUCGCGCCAAAAAAUUAAAAUGCGACAACUUCGCGGUUGUGUUCUCUGAUCGCCAGUCGUAUCGAACGGUUAACUUUCUUAUUCUCCUCGAUGGUUUGUCUAGAGAAAUAGAUCGCUAAAGAAACUUGUGAAACCAGCCAUGGUUCUUCUGAACAGUGGCAAAAAAAAGAAGGGAGAUGGCGAGGAAAGCGAGGAAAACAGUUCUCGCUCGCGCUCAAGGCCUGAUGAAGGAAGUUCGAGCGAGGCAAGAGUUCUCAGGAUUCAGUCGAAUGACACACUCGAUGUUAAGUAUGGAUUUGAUCGCUACAAGGAACCAGUUGAAAGGCUAGGAUGGCUUAUCAAUAUGCACCCAGAGGCUUACCAGUUGACUAUUGAAAUAGCAAGGCCAUUUGUUGAGGCCCGUGCAGCUCACCAUGGUAUCAGCAUGUAUGAGGAAAUUGGUCUUGUAUUUUCAGUUUUGCUGUACCUUGACAAACCCAUAACAUUACGACCUAGGGGCUUUGUAGUUGAUGCACAGGGAGAGUACAAGAGCAGGCCAUCAAUCCACAUGGAUGCUUUCAGAUGGGUCAAAAGAGAUAGUUACCUUCCUGUUGGCAGUCAAAACCUGAAAGCUACUACUAAAGCCAAGCUAAGGUAUGAUCCCAUUGAACUGGAUCCUGAGGACAUGUGUCGCAUGGCUAGUGAACAACCCCAGGAACUGGCUAAUUACUCAGUAUCUGAUGCUGUUGCCACUUACUACCUUUACAUGAAGUAUGUCCACCCAUUCAUCUUUGCACUGUGCACCAUUAUUCCAAUGGAACCAGAUGAGGUUCUUAGAAAAGGAUCAGGAACUUUGUGUGAAGCUCUUCUAAUGGUACAAGCCUUCCAUGCAAACAUCAUCUAUCCCAACAAACAGGAACAGGUGUUUAACAAGCUGACUAAUGAUGGCCAUGUUCUGGACUCUGAGACAUAUGUUGGAGGUCAUGUGGAAGCUCUGGAGUCUGGUGUCUUCAGAAGUGACAUCCCUUGUAGAUUCCGACUGGUUCCAGAUGCUUUUCAGAAACUGAUUGAUAAUGUGGAAAAUACUAUGCGACAUGCAAUUGUUGAGGAAGAACAUAUUCCAAUGGAGACUGUUACAAAUUUUGAUGAGAACAAUCACCUGGUUGGACUGAAAAGAAACUACAUCAAGUUAUCAUUUCUAACUGUGAAUGACUUGAUGAAAGUCAAAAGGGAAAUCAUGCCAGCAGUCCGGAAGAACAAAGAACAGGCCAAGACAAAUGCAGCUUAUAACAUUGUAAUGGGUGCUGACAUGAAUGAGGAAGAGAUGAUCGCAGCUAACAGGAGAAAUACUGAUCAAAUGGCAAAUGUCAUUGAUAUCAGGGAAUAUGAUGUACCGUACCAUGUUAGAGCAGCUAUUGAUCUCAAGAUUUUUGUGGGUCACUGGUACAACGUGAAAGUUCGUGGUGGAAUUCAUGUUGACAUUAGCAGGAGGGAUGACCUGUUGGACAGACCAGAACCUGUUGUACUAGCAUUUGACAUAGAGACCACAAAACUGCCGCUCAAAUUCCCUGACUCAAGCACAGACUCCAUUAUGAUGAUUUCGUACAUGAUUGAUGGUCAGGGUUAUUUGAUCAUUAACAGAGAGAUAGUUUCUGAAGACAUCGCUGAUUUUGAAUACACACCAAAACCUGAGUAUGAAGGACAGUUUACAGUCAUAAAUGAACCAGAUGAGUCAAGCCUUAUACAGCGUUUCUUUGAGCAUGAACUGGCUAAUUACUCAGUAUCUGAUGCUGUUGCCACUUACUACCUUUACAUGAAGUAUGUCCACCCAUUCAUCUUUGCACUGUGCACCAUUAUUCCAAUGGAACCAGAUGAGGUUCUUAGAAAAGGAUCAGGAACUUUGUGUGAAGCUCUUCUAAUGGUACAAGCCUUCCAUGCAAACAUCAUCUAUCCCAACAAACAGGAACAGGUGUUUAACAAGCUGACUAAUGAUGGCCAUGUUCUGGACUCUGAGACAUAUGUUGGAGGUCAUGUGGAAGCUCUGGAGUCUGGUGUCUUCAGAAGUGACAUCCCUUGUAGAUUCCGACUGGUUCCAGAUGCUUUUCAGAAACUGAUUGAUAAUGUGGAAAAUACUAUGCGACAUGCAAUUGUUGAGGAAGAACAUAUUCCAAUGGAGACUGUUACAAAUUUUGAUGAGGUUUGUGCUGAGAUUAAAGACAAGCUGGGAAGUUUACGUGACACACCAGCAAGACUUGAGAACCCAUUGAUCUAUCAUCUUGAUGUUGGUGCCAUGUACCCAAACAUCAUUCUUACCAACAGACUUCAGCCCUCUGCUAUGGUGGAUGAGGCAACCUGCGCUGCAUGUGACUUUAACAAGCCAGGAGCAAGAUGUCAGAGGGUCAUGAACUGGACAUGGAGAGGAGACUAUAUGCCAGCAAGCCGUAAUGAAUACCAAACCAUCAAACAACAACUAGAAGUAGAAAAAAUUCCUGGUGAUAAUCCUGGGGAUCCUCCUCGAUCAUUUCACUCUCUUUCUCUUGCUGAUCAAGCUCAAAUGGAGAAAAAGAGAUUACAAGAUUACUGCCGCAAGGCUUACAAGAAAGUCCGUGUGAGCAAAGAAGAAACUCGUAGCACCAUGAUUUGUCAGCGGGAGAAUUCAUUUUAUGUUGACACUGUGCGAGCUUUCCGUGAUCGCCGUUAUGAAUUCAAAGGAUUGCUUAAGGUUUGGAAACGUAAACUUGGAGCAGCCAUGCAGAGUGGUGGUGCUGAAGAAAUAAAAAGUUGUAAAAGCAAAGAGAUUUUGUACGAUUCCCUUCAACUGGCUCACAAGUGUAUCUUGAACUCAUUCUAUGGAUAUGUUAUGAGAAAGGGUGCAAGGUGGUAUUCCAUGGAGAUGGCUGGUAUUGUUUGCCACACUGGAGCAAACAUUAUCAGACAAGCCAGGGAAAUUGUGGAGCAGAUUGGACGCCCUCUGGAAUUGGACACAGAUGGAAUUUGGUGUGUUCUUCCUGCAAGUUUCCCUGAAAACUUCCAGAUCAGUACAAAUAAUCCUAAGAAGAGUAAAGUGGCAAUAUCUUAUCCUGGAGCCAUGUUGAACAUCAUGGUCAAGAACCAUUACACCAAUGAUCAGUAUCAUGAACUGACAGAUGCUGAUAAUCUGACUUAUGAAAUUAGACAUGAGAACUCCAUCUUUUUUGAGGUUGAUGGGCCCUACAAGGCAAUGAUCCUUCCAGCCUCCAAAGAAGAAGGAAAGAAACUAAAGAAAAGGUAUGCUGUGUUUAAUGAUGAUGGCUCUCUUGCGGAAUUGAAAGGAUUUGAAGUGAAGCGUCGUGGUGAGCUGCAGCUGGUCAAGAUUUUCCAGUCAUCUGUGUUUGAAUCUUUCCUUCAGGGCACCACACUAGAUGAAGUGUAUGCAGCAGUAGCUAGAGUUGCAAACUACUGGCUUGAUGUUCUUUACAGCAAGGCAGCAAACAUGCCAGACAGUGAACUCUUUGACUUAAUCUGCGAGAACCGCAGCAUGUCUAGGAAGCUUGAGGAUUAUGAAGGACAAAAAUCAACAUCAAUUAGUACGGCAAAAAGGCUGUCAGAAUUUCUUGGAGACCAGAUGGUCAAGGACAAAGGCCUCAGUUGCCGCUUCAUUAUUUCAAGGAAACCAGAGGGAUCGCCAGUCACUGAAAGAGCCAUUCCCUUAGCAAUAUUCCAAACAGAGGACAGUGUCAAGAAACACUACCUACGACGGUGGCUGAAAGAUGCGUCAAUGAGCAGCUUUGAUAUCAGAGAUAUCUUGGACUGGCAAUAUUACAUUGAGAGGUUGAACAGUUGCAUCCAGAAGAUUAUUACCAUUCCAGCAGCAUUGCAAGGGGUAUGUAAAAAGCUUAUUAUGAAGUUACAUGGUAAAAUACAAAGAGAACACGCAAAGAUAUUUAUUUUCUUGCACUUGUUACCUAAACAGCCACAGGAUAACAACAGCGAUCAAGAAAACCACAGUCCUCCCAAUAGCCAAUCACUGGACAUAGAGGAUAUUGCCAGCAGAGGAUCAUCAUUUACUGGUGUUCCUGUGGCCACAAAGAGAAAGCAUGGACAAAUGAUGCUUGGAAGCAGCUCAUUUAAGAGCAAGAGUCAAAACACUUCACAGCUGAGUGAGGGACAGCUGUCACAAACUUGGAAGGAGGUGCUUGGAGAGCCACCCCAGUGGGGACCAAACAAGGAAGAUAAGGAGAAGUGGCUUGCAUUUCAAAAGAAAAAGUGGGAAUUUCAGUCCAAACAGCGAGCUGAGAGGAAGCGCCUACGGAAAGAGGCAGACACCAUGGGGAUAAGCACACUAGCAGUUGGGCGUGGCCCAUCCACUGGGUUGUCAACCUUCAUGAGACAGCAAGCAAGGUCUCUUGUAGACACUCCUUGGCAGAUAAUUCAGUUUGCUGAGACAAAUGAUCCAGGUACAUUCAAAGUGUGGGCAUUAGUAGGAGCAGAUCUCCAUGCCAUCAAAGUCAAUGUACCAAGGAUUUUCUAUGUCAACUGCCACACCCCAAAGGAAGGAGCUGGUACAACAUGGAGGAAAGUUUCCCGCACUCUUCCUCGAUCUCACACAGUUCUUAACCUGUAUGAGUAUACUGUUCCUGAAAAAAUAUUCAGGGAUCACUCAAGUGAGUUAGCUACAGAUUUGUCAUCUCCUGACAUUGAAGGAAUUUACGAAUCACAGGUGCCACUGUCUAUGAGAGCAAUAAUCAAACUCGGAUGUGUUUGUAAAGUGAACAAGAUCUUUGCAAAGCUUUUUAAUGGCAAGGACUUGGACACGUUCGAUCUGGACCAACUGGAGUUCAAGACUCUUGCAGAAUGUUCUUACAUGGAAAAUGCGAAUCUCAAGAGAAUGUAUUUCUACCACAGCUCCUCAGAUAAUCGUGUUAUACUUGCUAUCUUUGUCCCUGCUUCUCGCAAGGCUUCUGUGUUUGUAAUAGAUGCAGUGAGAAAUAACCAAAUGCCCAACCUGUCAUCUCUGUAUCAAACAGAAAGAACUGCAAGAGCGGAAAGGGAUGGAGAUGAGAGUUUUCUCCCAGCAGAGAAUUUUACAUUUGAUGUCAGAGUUGAUACUGAUUCCAGACAGACCUACAGAGCAAUUCAAAGAUUCCUCAUGACCUACAAAGAAGAGAAGCGAGGACCCACAAUGAUCUUGGUUCAGUCUCCUUGGGAUCUCAGUCACCUCACAUCAUCUAUUCCUGGUCUCCAAGAGUUCCCUCUUGUGUGUCUGCCAUACAGUGACAGUACUGCUCAGCACAAUGUUCUUGACUGGCAGCGUCAUGCUGCAAGAAGGAUGAUUCAUCAUUAUCUUGAAGUGGACAUGUUUUAUCAGACUCAACUGGAACUGGCACAGUACUUUCAUGUUCCAGUAGGGAAUGUCCCAUCAGAUCCCACUCUGUUUGCUGCAGAUGUUUUCUAUGCUCGUCACCUUCAAAAGCACAAUCAUUUGCUGUGGAUGUCGCCAACUGACAGACCUGAUCUCGGUGGCAAGGAGGAUGAUGAUAACAGGCUCAGUGCGGUGUCUGAAGAGGGAGGGAAUAUUGAAGUCAACAAUCCUGGCUGCUACCCUACAGUUUGUGUGGAGCUCUCAAUUGACUGUUUUGCUGUCAACACUGUGCUACAAUCUGCACACAUCAAUGACUUUGAGGGAGGUUCUGUCACAGGAGUUAGCUUUGACAGUAUGCCACAGGCAUCAUUGGAGGAGUUGGUCCAAGGAGGAGCAAGCGUGGCAUCCAGUUUGACAACAUAUGACGAAGCUGCCUUGUGCUCAAGUGCCUUUAGAAUCCUUAAGGGAAUGGUUCACAGCUGGUUACAUGAAGUGUCCACUUAUGAGAACUUAAAUGCAGAUACACAGUUGAUGCAUUUCUACAGAUGGCUGUCAUCUCCAUCAGCUCUGCUGUAUGAUCCAGCUCUUUGUAGAAUGGUGCAGAGGAUGAUGAAGAAGCUUUACAUGCAGCUUGUUGCAGAAUUCAAGCGUCUUGGUUCCACCAUUGUGUUUGCGAGCCUCAGCAAGAUUAUUAUUUGCACCAAGAAGAGAAGUGUAUCUGAUGCCAAGGCCUAUGUGGAUUUCAUUCUUAAUAGUAUACGCAAAAAGGACUUGUUUCAUAGCAUUGAGAUUAAACCUGAAUCGUGCUGGGAGUAUCUUAUGUGGAUGGACCAGGCUAACCAUGGUGGUGUGCGAGGCAAGCUCCCUAAAGAUGUAGAGGAACAGGAGGCUAUAGAAGGCACAGCAGAUCUAGAGAACAGCAGUGAUGAAUUGGUGGCUACUCCUGAUGAUGAACCCAAUGUGGAAAUGAACUGGAACAUGAAGAAGUACCUCCCCACAGCUGCGUCUUGUCAGAGUUAUUUUCAGAUUGUCAUUGCUAGUCACAUUCAUGCAAUUUACACCCAUACCUUGGAAGAAAGGCAACGCAUUGAGCCUGGAAAUACUCCCAUCAAGAAAAGAACAAGCUCCCAAUCACAGAGAGUUGCAGAAACCUCAGCUACUCCCAGUUUAGUAACAUUUGCCCAGGAGAGAAUUUCUGGAGAGCUGACACAGACCCUGUUCUCGGUAACACAGAAGAUACAACACACUUUGUCAGGAGACCGAUCCUCAAACACAGACCCUAGUGUAGAGUUCCCUCUUCUACCAGGAUCCCAUCUUCCUUUGAACAACCCAGCCUUGGAGUUUGUGAAGUUCAUUUGUAAGGUUUUGUCACUAGAUUCCAACACACAGCAUCAAGUGAACAAGCUAAGACGUGACUUGUUAAGACUCCUUGGUAUUGGAGAAUUUUCUUUAGAAGCAGCAUUUAGGGAUCCUUGCUCUUCACUUGUACUUCCAGAGGUUAUUUGUCUGUCCUGUAACUCAUGUCGUGAUCUUGACUUGUGCAGGGACCCCUUCAUAACUCCAGCACAAGGAAGCAAUCCUGCAUGUUGCAGAUGUGCCAAUUUAGAAUGUGGCAGUGAAUAUGACAUGGACUUCAUAGAAAGUCAGCUAAUUGACAUGGUGCAAAAACAAUCAAUGGCAUUUGUUCUUCAGGACUUGAAAUGUGGCAAAUGUCAUGGAGUGAAAGCUACCAACAUGUCAAAAUACUGCACAUGUGCUGGCAACUUUGCCUACACUGUACCUAUUGAUGACUUUUUUGACAAGUUAAAGACAUUCAGGAAUGUGGCCAGGCAUUACAAGUUGCCACUUCUGGAAGAAACUGUCAACUGGAUUAUGCAGAAAAAUCCUCAUAUUUCAUAAUAGUCUCAGGAAGGACUGCAAUGCCUGAGAAAGUUAUCUCUGUGACUUUUGUGAUGUCUUGUGACAUGAUCGCCAGGGUCUUCAACCAAGGCCAAAAUAAUGAUAAUGAGUAGAUAACAGUUCAACUCUAAGACAGGCAUUCAUUAGCGACAGCUCGGAGACACACUAGCGAUUGCUAGGAAUAUGCAACUUGUAUAGGAAUUUUUUUUUUUCAUUACAGGGGAGAAAAUGGGUGUGCAAUAAUUUGGCUGCCUUCUCAGGCACUUUUUCUAGAAAUAGUGAUGUGAUUGUGGAAAUGGUGUAUAAUCACAAGUUGUGGUACAUGUACAGAUGCUGACUAAAUGUGUGUAAAUAAUAUAUACCAAAGCAAACUUUGCUGCUUCUGUUAAUAAAAAUGUUGUUACACAA